CAGACACAAGUCGUGCCCCGACUGCAAUAUGGCUUCUUGUUGUUUGCAAUCUUUAGGUUUUUGCAAGAAGACUGUCUUCUUGGGUUUUUGAAUAAUAAAUGAUUUUCUAGAAAAAUUUGUACCGGCUUCAUAAGAUCUCUCUCUACCUUAUAAGAAAAUUUUGUUCAUCUUUUUUUUCUUGUUUUAAGGAAUAACUAAUUAAAAGUUAGACAAUAUAUUCGGUAAAUUAGAAGUAAGAUAAUUUAAAAAUAAAUAAGAUAAACAUAAAAAAUGCUUUCUGUGAAGAGAUUCAUGAAAUGAAUCUGACUUGUUUCUGACUUGUUUAAAUUAAAAUUACUGGUGUUGACAGUGUAUUUAAAUAUGUGUGACAGCAAGUGUGAUGACAGUGCGCUCGAGGGUUGCCAGGAUGGCGAGAGCGAAGUUGAGGACACGCUGGAGAGAACUUCUGAGGAUAAUGUCAGUAUCCAACAGAUUUUGCAAGAGAUGACUAAUGAAUUUAACAGAGGAGUGAGUCCAAAGCAAACUUUCGAGAAGGAUUGUCCAAAUAAAGAGUUGCCGAGUCCGGAAGAUUUUGAGGUUAUCCUCAAAGACGACGGAAAGAUGGGGAAAGCAACGAAAACAACGAAACUCGCAAAAGUGCCAAACCAGCUCCCGAAGGAUGUCAGCGAAAAGUCGGGUCAGGAAUCGAAGGACAUUCUAAAGACCAGCGAGGGCAAUAAUGAGGUGAAAGAAAAUCAAGAUGCCAAGGAGGCUUUCAAGAAAGAUUCCAACAUUCCGAGAAUUGUCCUCACUUUCAGAACAAUCGACGAGAACACAGAUUCGGGGAAGAAGACCAAGAUUUCCAGUUGCUCGUCAAAUCUGGCACUAGUUCCAGACGAAUUAGCUAAUUGUACGCAAAUUGGAGGAGUCUCCGUUAAAAUUGAAACUUCCGAAGAAUAUUUGGAUUCUGCCGAUAAGUCUGAUACCGAGGAAGCUAAAGUCGAAGGUGAAAUUAAGGUCGUGAAUAAGGACCUGGAUAAUGAUAAAACUGAAGUUGAAGAAGUCGAGGAGGGAGCUCAGUCUGAACUCUUAGUAGAUUCUGAUGAAGUGCCUCUUGAGAAAACUGAUGAGAGCAGAGAUGUUUCUUUGUCAGAACCAGUCGCUGAAAAGGAACUUGAAACCAACUCGACUUUUAUUAAAAAACAGAGGAAACGAAGACUAAGAAUUACUAGUGACGUUGUAGAAGGUGCACCAAGUCCAAAACGUUCUGCCCGACGAAUGUGCAAGGAACCUCUGAAAAGUACUGUACUUGAAAGUGCUAUAGCCCGCAAAGAAAAGUCUAAUUACACCGAAGAACAUUUGCAAUUUAAACCAAUUAGAAAAUAUAAUAAACCUGGGAGACCAAAAAAAAUUUUACCGACGAAAGAGGUUGCAAAACAAAUUAAUAGUAAAGUGGCAGAGGCAGACAACGAAUCUGAUAAUAAUACCGUAGAAGGAAAUAAUAGUAUUAAUGAAGUAAACAUGUCUCAAGACGCUUCGAAGAAUUGGUCUGCUAAUGAGAGCUCUACUAGUGAUUUAACCAUUAACGAUUCGCAAUACUCUGGCACAGACUUUGACGAAAUGCCCAAGUUGUCUCCUAUAUUGAAGAAUACAGAUUCUGCACAAAUAAAAUCGGGGAAUUCUACUAAAACUGCAAUCACAGACGACGCUGCUACCAUGUCGGAUAAUGACAAGCCUUUCUUGAAACCUGCCAUUGGAAAAACUAAAAGGGAAAGAGGUCGUCCUAAGGGUAGUCUCGGAGCUCGGAAAAUUGCUAAAUCUGAUUCAUUUGAAGAUGGAUCUACUGAAUCUGGAAAAUACCAUGACUGUUCGGAAGAGGAUGGUUCCCCUGCAAAAAGAACUCGACGAAGUGUGGCAGCGAGUCCCAGUUCAACUGAGACUCAAGGAUCCAAACCAGACUCAGCUUUAAUUUCAAGCGAGACACACAGAAAAUCAAUGAUGUGCCUGUGUCAAGUAAGAUCCCAAUUAUACGUGACAGUCAGCGACAAUAGCACCCCACUUUAUUGUACAGCAAUCGAUUCCAUUGACGGCAAGAAAGUCGGCUGUUGCAAUGAAGUUGACGUCAACGACGUAAACAUGCGAAGGCCCAGCACUUGCGUGCCCUUCAUCAUUCUCUGUCGCAUGCACAAGGAGAGACUGUUUCGGCACAACUGUUGCCCCAUGUGUGGACUCUUCUGUUCGCAAGGCAAGUUUAUACAGUGCGUCAAUGGUCACCAGUAUCAUCGGGAUUGUGAGAUGUAUCUCUCUAAGCAAGCCGCUUGUCCUCACUGUGGGUGUGAGAGUCCGGAGUUCGACAUUGUCAUCUCACUAAACGGAUUGAGAGUGCCAAUUUAUAUUCCCACUCGCAGAAAAUUUUCAACAUUGCCAUCAGCGAAAAUGACUUUGCCAGGAAAGGGUGACAAUACAAAGCUUGCUGAAAGACCACCUAGUCCGCUGAUUCAACCAGAAAUGAUUAAAAUACCUGAGCCAACGGUAAGCAGUUCUGAUAGACCUGAACGCUACACUAUAAUGAGUUUGUACACUUCAGUGAAAAAUGGUGAUUUGGAGAAAUUAGUCAAUGUUUUAACCUGCGGUUAUAAUGCAAAUCAUACAUUUAGAGACUAUGCCAGCCGCACAAGUGUGCAUUUAGCUGCCGAAAAGGGUCAUUUGUCUUGUUUGCACGUUUUAAUUCAAGCUGGUGGUCAAGUGGAUGUUAUGGACAAAAAUCAAUUAACACCUUUAAUGUUGGCAGCAAGUAAGGGAAGAGCUGAAGUUGUUCGAUAUCUCAUUAGAAUUGGAGCCGAUACUACUUUAAAGGGUAUAGACGGUAUGACUGCUUUGCACAUUGCUGCUAAGUCUGGACAUUUGUACGUCUGCCGAAUUAUACUGUCCGAAUGCAAAGUGCCAAGGACUUUAAUCGAUUGUGUUGACGAUGGAGGUUGGACGAGUUUAAUUUGGGCCUGCGAAUUCCGACAUACUGCUGUUGCCCGUUUCUUGAUAGAACAGAAAUGCGAUCCUUUGAUUAGAGACGCAGAACAAAAUAUUGCUUUACACUGGAGUGCUUUUAGCGGAAGCUCUGAAAUCACAGAAUUACUUUUAAACGAAGGCUGCGAUGUGAAUGCAGUGAACGUGCACGGCGAUACUCCUUUGCACAUUGCUGCAAGACAGGAUCAAUAUGCUGUCAGUAUAUUAUUAUUAGCUCGAGGAGCAAAAGUUGUUGAAGUCAACAGUGCAGGAGAAACGGCGAUAAAUUGCUGUUCUGCUGAUGGUGAUACUCUGGCUGCUUUAAGGCUAAAUGCGAAAGUAAACGAGCUCUCGGAACACAUGUGGGAAAAGACUGUUAAAAUUCUAUGCAAUGACAUUUCCCGCGGUAAAGAGACUAAUCCAGUUCAAUGCGUAAAUGGCCUUGAUUCUGAAGAUAAGCCGACUGACUUUCUAUAUGUCACAGAGAACUGUUUUACGAGUAAUAUAAAUAUAGAUCGGACAAUAACGUCGCUACAAUCCUGCCGCUGUGAAAAUAACUGCAGUUCGGAAAAAUGUCUUUGCGGUACUAUUAGUUUAAGAUGCUGGUAUGAUGAAGAGGGGAAACUCCUUCCUGAAUUUAAUUAUGCUGAUCCUCCAAUGUUAUUUGAAUGUAAUCCGUCAUGUGAUUGUAAUAAAAUCACGUGCAAUAAUCGUGUUGUUCAACAUGGUAUGACACAGAGAUUUCAAUUAUUUCGUACAAAAGAAAAAGGGUGGGGACUACGAACUCUUAAACACAUUCCCAAAGGUACUUACGUUUGUGAAUAUGUUGGAGAAAUUAUCUCUGAUUCCGAAGCAGAUCACAGGGAAGAUGACUCGUAUUUGUUUGAUUUGGAUAAUAGGGUAAAUAUUAUUGAUGGGGAAACAUACUGUAUUGACGCUCGACGAUACGGCAACGUAGCUCGAUUUAUCAAUCAUUCCUGUGCACCUAACUUGCUGCCAGUCCGACUAUUUGUCGAACAUCAGGAUUUACAUUUUCCACGAAUAGCGUUUUUUGCCAAUCGAAAUAUUGAAGCGGACGAGGAACUAGGAUUUGAUUACGGUGAAAAAUUCUGGAUAAUCAAAUGCAAAUCUUUUACCUGUACCUGUGGUGCUGAAACCUGUCGAUAUUCAAAAAAAACCAUACAAGUUACCCUUGAUAACUAUCGUAGAAGGAUUCAACAAGAAGAAAUGCAUAAUGCACAAACAUCUUCGUAAUAGAUAUCCUAAAAAUUAUUUAUACAAACAUAGAGUACAAAAACACAGUAACCCAGCUUUUCAUGGGUUUCUUUCAUACAAGUAAAUCUUUAUUGUAAAUAUCAUAAACGGCCAAAGGCUAUAAUUAAAUAAUGAAUGUAGUGUUUGCGUGAAUUUUACUGUACUGUUAUCAACUUUAUUUCAAUGCAUUUCAAUUACGUUAUUUUAAAAUUCGAUUUACAAUAAGUUACAAAUUUGUAUUCAUUUCUAAUAUCGCUAUAUAUUAUCAUGUCAAGUGCAAACGAUUUUUAGAGAAAACAUUACAAAAUAAGAUUUAUUGGUUUUAAAAUCUUGGAGUAUAUAUUAUAUAAAUAUUUAUUGUUCAAUCAUUUCAUUAUAUUUUUAAUUAUUUUAGGUUGAAAAUAAAAAUAUUAUUA